CAAGCCACAAGGCGACGUGCUCUUCCCCCGAACGGCGCCACCCCACCCAGCCAGCUACACGACGCCCGGGGCUGCCGCUGCCGCAGUGCCGCCGCCUGCGUGCGUCAGUCGCCCCGCUCCGUCACCACCACGGACCCCCUCUCCCAACUUUCUCCACAAUCCACCAGCCCCCUUCCGUCCCCAGCGCUAGGUAGCCACCGCCGCCGCCGCCGCAAGAAAGAGCCUGCAGCGACUAGCCGGCGACGCGUUCUUCCAAUCAAGCGUGCCUAGCGAGAUCAAGGAGCCGCUUGUUUGGGGCAGGAGAAUGGAGGCGGCCCGCCCGGCGGAGACGACGACGCAGCACCACGGCGGGGGGUGCUUGGCCGCCGCCAGAACGUUCAUGCCGCCCGCCGGGCCAGUGGCGCGGUGCUCCGGUGGCUCCUCUCUGGCUGGAUCCUCUGAUGAGGCGUCAUGUGGCUCACCUAAAUGGAUAGAGAAAGGCCUCUCUUGUGUAUGCAUCAAAAGAAGAGGGGCAUACGAGCGAAUAUGCAUGAACCUUACACCACUGCAGGAACAGAGGCUUCAGAGGUUGAGGCACCGCAUGAAGGUCUAUUUUGAUCCAUCUAGGCGAAAUCAUCAGGAAGCCUUGAGAGCUCUUUGGUACGCAACAUAUCCUGAUCAAGAAUUGCAAGGUUUGAUUUCUGAACAGUGGAAAGAUAUGGGCUGGCAAGGAAGAGACCCGUCAACUGACUUCAGAGGUGCAGGAUUCAUAUCUCUAGAGAAUCUUCUAUUCUUUGCAAAGACAUUCUCUGCUUCAUUUCAGAGGCUACUAAAGAAACAAUCUGGCAAUCGGGCCACUUGGGAGUACCCUUUUGCUGUUGCUGGUGUAAAUAUCACAUUCAUGAUCAUGCAGAUGCUGGAUCUCCAGUCCACUAAGCCAAGAACGUUUGUCCGAGCUGUUUUUAUCCAAAUGCUCUCAGAGGAUGAAUGGGCAUUUGAUCUGCUGUACUGUGUUGCAUUCCUUGUGAUGGACAAGCAGUGGCUAGAGAAGAACGCCUCCUACAUGGACUUCAAUGAGAUACUAAAGUCGACACGAACACAGCUGGAGAGGGAGCUUCUGCUGGAAGAUGUGAUGCGUAUUGAAGAUAUGCCAUCAUACGGACUGCUUUGUUAGCAGCCAUAUGUGUGGGAGUUGAUGACUGAGAUCAUGGUUCAUGUGCAUAUAGGUCCUCCCUCUGAUUUCUGGGAGGGAAUUUUCGUCAUGACUUGCUGUAAUACUCAAUUUGGUCCCAUUGUAAACAACUCAUAUGUGUCUCACUAAAAUGAAUUAGUAUUCCCUAAAAAAUGAAUUAGUAUUGGUAACACCUGA